AUGGCAACAGGAAACCAGUCGUACAUCAUCGUCGGCGCCGGCGUCUUCGGCGUUUCAACAGCAUACCAUCUGAUCAAGAAAUACCCCAAUGCUUCGAUUACUCUGGUAGACCGCGAUCAGUUCGACGCGGACAGUCGCGUUGCUGCCUCUUGGGAUUGGAAUAAGGUCGUCCGCGCCGACUACGACGACAUUAUCUACUGCCGACUCGGUCUAGAAGCACAAGAUAUCUUCAGGUCUGAUCCCCUGUGGAAGCCGUACUUCCAUGAGACCGGCAUCUACUGGAUAUGUCGCAGCGACUAUGCCCAGGAGGUCAUUGACAACUACAAAAAGCUGGGUCGCAAGGCUGAUCUAAAGGCCGUGCCCAUCGAGGAAGCAAGGACGAUGUACGGUGGACUCUUUGAUGAGGCGGACUAUACCGAUGUGAAGGAAGUCCUGGUCAAUCAGACUAGUGGCUGGGCUGCCGCAGGCGACUGCCUGAUCGCCAUUACUCGCGAGGCCUUGAGGCUUGGUGUCAAGUAUGCCACCGCAGAAGUCAAUAACCUGCUCUUCGACUCCACGGGACAUUGCAAUGGACUACAAACAACAUCAGGCAAGACACUCCGAGCUUCGCAUGUAAUCCUCUGCACUGGAGCAUACACGCCGAAGUUACUGGCUAUGAGUGCCGAGCAGACUGGCAAUGAGGAUCUGUCAUCUGGCUCCAGGAUCUUGGCCGCCGGAAUCACCACAGGAAUGACCAAGCUCGACGACAAGACGUACCAGACAUUUGCCCAGAUGCCGGUUGGUGUUCAAGGGUACACUCCAGCGACGGGUCCUUUCAUUGGCAGUCUACCUCCAACUAAAGACAGGGAGCUCAAGUGGUGGGGACAAACGAUAUUCAGUAAUACACGAGAAGUCAUGCCUGGCCGCUUCUUCUCUGCGCCGCCUUCGGAACCCGAUUACGCCCAAUGGAAUGUAUCAAAGAGACUCAAGAAAGACAUUGAUCACGCGAACGACGUCUUCUAUGGAAAGAAGGGCGCAGAUUGGAAGAUUGAAAAGUACAGAAUCUGCUGGUAAGGACUAACAGAUGUUCGAAAGGUAGCUGAGCUAAUCGCGUACAGGGAUGCUUUCACCACCAGUGCCGACUUCAUCAUUUCGCCUCAUUCCGCGGCGAAGGGCCUCUACGUUGCAACUUGUGGCAAUUUCCACGGCUGGAAGUUCUUCCCGGUCAUUGGAAAGUACAUUGUGCAGAUGUUGGAGGGCUCGCUCUCAUCAGAGCUGUCCGAGAAGUGGGCAUGGGACCGACACCGACCAGACCCGUCACAGAACCCGGACUGGCCGCGAGCUGAAAUGAACAAUCUUCUAGAUACACGGCCGAGAUUGUAA